UCUGGCAGUUACUAGAGGAGCUGUGGCUGAGCACAGGGUACCCAGGAACCUCCCUGGGCCUUAACCCCCAAAGCUGCCAGUAUUGUGUGUUCAACCCUGUGUACAAGAGACACAGGGCAUCUUGGGACUGAGAGAAUUAUCUGGAAUGGAGAAGGACAACCCCCCACACUUGGUGACUCCCAUAUCAGUGAAGGCUAUCAUCUCAAAGAUUGAGGCUGCCCAGCUAAUUCGGACUCAGGAGGAUAUUUCCACCCAGCUCUCAGACAUCUUGGACAAUGUCAAUUGUGCUAUCAAUCGCUUCCAGGAAGAAUUGGGGUAUGAUUUAAAAGAACGGACAAAACCUCACCAACCAGAGCAAAAAGGCAAGAAGAGAUUCAUCUUGCUGGAGAAAAUUGCUUCUUUCUCCAAAGAUGCUAAGGCUAAAGAGAAACACCUGUAUGAGAUCCUCCGUUGGCUGGGGGACUGGGGUGACAGUCUGACCUACGAGGUUAAGAACAGGAAGAGUGUGGAGGAAGAGGAAGCUCUAGACGAAUGGAUCGAGGUGAUGGAGAAAGUGUUGCCUCUCUCCCUCAUGGCCACCAAAGGAGGCAUCGAGUCUCUCAUCUCUCUUUGCUCUACGCUCAUUGAAGAACAAAAGAAAAGGGCACAAGUGUCCAAACAUAACUUCUGGCAGAACUGGCGGGAGAAAAGCCCACAAAAGUCCUUGCUCCUCCCUCAGCCGCUGAGCCCAGAGCAGAUGCUCCAAGACAAGAACAUCACCUGUACAAAGGUCUCAGAGGUGAAAUCCAUGCUGCAGGAGCUCCUAGACUCCACCAUGUUCAACAGAGGGGAGAUCAAGGCCAUCAGGUACAUGUCCACUGUGGUGGAGAACCUUAACAAGGCCUUGAUCCUCCAGCACAACGAAAACAAGAGUCUGGAGAUAAAAUACAGAUAUCUUCAGGGGGAGAUGACCAAGGAGCUCAGCAGCCAGAGACUCUACUUCGAAAAAUCCAUCCAAGUCCUUGAGAGCAAAAGGGAUGCCCUGAUAAAACAAGUGGAGGUCCUAGGGGGUAAAUACCAUGACCUCCUCAUGAUAAAGCAAGCCCUGGAAUUCCAGCUCAAGAUGGUUCAGACUAUCAGUGGUCCAGGAGAACCAGCUGAAGCUUUUGUGGAUGCCCCAGAACUCCUUAAGAAAGAGGCCCUUCCAGAGAAGGAUACCACCCUGGGAGAACCCCACCAGAAGCUCAAGGAGGAACAGCUGUUUUCACCACUUUCCUCAAGUCACCUGACCAAGGCCUGGGAUAGCAGCACCACACCAGUGCAACAGCCACUCUCCACCACGGCCACAGAUUCAAGGACUGAAGAUGUGUUCACUGGCCACACUGAGCACCUUGAGCCUGUGCUGCUGCACUCAGAGCCCCCCCAGUUCCCUAAACGAUGGGAAAAACUGGUUGAAGAGGCCCCAGAACACGAAGGUAAAGGCCAGGAGGACCACUUCCAGGAGAAGGACGAAGUCCAACACAAGUCCUUUCCUGGCAAGGGUCUGUCCCCAGGGAGCUCCAGGAAGAUGCUAUUGGAGAGCCACAUGGAACACUGGGAGGAAGAACUCAGCUGGGAGACAAGGAGGCAGCAGUGGGUGCAGGAAGAGGAGAUGUGGCUCCAGCGGCAGAAGAAGUGGGCCCUGCUGGAACAGGAGCACCAGGAGAAGGUGCGGCAGUGGGAGGCAGAGGCAGCUGCCAGGCAGCAGUGGCAGAGACUCACCCAGCCAGAAGAGGAGACACGGGGCCCCAGGAGGGCCUCCGGGGAGCAGAAAGGAAGUUCGGAGAAGCUGAUCUUCAUGCCCACCAGCCGGUGGAGGAACCUGGAGAAGUCAGAACCAUCAUCAGCGCCUCCCCCGUGCCGGGCACAGUCUGCACGCCAAAGCAGGAGGUCACAUUUGCCCAUGUCUGCACACACCCAGCAGCCUGGCCAGGGAAAACAGAGGACCCUGAACUCAGCUGAGUUGAUACAAACACCACGGACCCGCCAGGUUUCUGCUAAACCCAAGAAAUGUGCUUCCUUACCCAUCACUGGAACAUCCAUCCGAAGGGUGAGCCGGCCCUCUUUGCAGAAAGCCCCAGGAACCUUUAAGGACAAGGUGUACCAUAUAAACAUGGAGGGCCAGAUGAGAAACCUGCAGAUCUUGGGGAAUUCAGAAUCAGAGCUGGCACUGCCACAACACCUACGCAGCAAGGCCCUAGAGGUCACUGCCAUCGCCAUGGAGCUGAGUGUCCUCAGGCUGCAGUGCCUGUGCAGGAAGUACAUUCACUACAGACGCUUCCAGAGCCUCCGACAAGAAGUCAUCAAACACAUAGGAGCCAUUCGACACAUGAGGGUCACCUAUAAGGCCCAGAACCUCUAUGUGUUCCUGGAAAACAUCGACCGCCAGCAGAGCCUCAGGCUGCAGGCCUGGACAGACAAGCAGAAGGACCUGGAAGAGAAGCAUCGGGAAUGCCUACAUACCAUGGUGACCAUGUUCCCUAAGUUCAAGCAAGAGUGGAGCAUCCACCUAAAUGUCCCUGUGGUCAACUCUGCAAAGCCAGGAAAAUGCAAGUCACCUCCAGUCUUACUCCAGAGAGUCCGGUCCAGUGGUGUCACCAACAAGCAGUCCCCUCCACCCAAGCAGCACUGGGAAUCUGCGCCCCUGUGGAUAGCCGGCCAACAAGGGAACCAGAUGGAAGCCAUAUGGAAGACUGAUGUGGCCUCUUCUAGUCACCCAAUAGAAAAGAAGACUCCUGCAAGCCUGCCCUGGGACCAACUAGGGGGCUACCCGGAUAUCCCCAGGCUAUUGGCUAUGGAUGAGCAUCCCUCCCACCACAGAAACUUGAUGUCCUUCAAGACUCGCUCUUUCAGUGCCUCGGUGAUCCAAAGAAAAGAAUUCCAGGAACCCUCAGAGGCAGCUGAGCUUGUCCGAAAAAUGUCCAGCCAGUCACUCCCUGGACCCCUACAAAGCCAGAAGGAUGGGGUAGCUCCAGCUCUAGCUCCCACUCCAACCCUUAGUGAGUCUUCAACUUCUGGGUCACUGAAAACCUCACAGGGACUUUUUCCAAAUGCAGAUUCCCAGCUGGGCUUUGACGAGCUGUCCUAGAACUUUGAGGAACACUAUUUUUUUUUUCUUUAGUCCCCAAACUGUUAGUUUUUAAUAAAAAAUAAUUUGGUUCA